UAAAAUAAGAAAGGGAAAAAAAUUAUCUUCCUCUCGUUUCCCAACGGCAUCGUACUUUUUUCCUAUUGUGUUUCAUCAUCUUCAGUCUUCACAGCGCACUUGUCGAGUGUCCAGUCCCUACUGGCUACUUCCCCAUGGCGUGUUUCUCUGCAACUCAGCUGCAUACUCUUUUAUGGACUUCAUCGUUGAACCGUACCUCCCACCAUUUCAAACCUAACUAUACCUAUCGGACUCCGAAAUUUCUCUUCCGUCAAAAGCCAUUGAUAGCUUCCUCUAGCACCUCCGACGUCGAAGCUAGAACUGAAACGAAGGAUUCAUCAACGGCAACGCUCCGGGAACUCUGUCAUGGUCACGUGCCCGAGCACGUGAUUCGCCGGGUGGAAGAGGUUGGAUAUGUGAUACCUACAGAAGUGCAGCUACAGGCAUUGCCUUUCCUCUAUUCGGGACGUGAUUGUGUGCUUCAUGCUCAGACAGGUUCUGGAAAAACCUUGGCAUACCUGCUACAAAUACUGUCAGUCAUUGACAGUCAAAGGUCAGCAGUACAAGCAUUGAUUGUGGUGCCUACUAGGGAGCUUGGUAUGCAAGUUACGAAGGUUGCUCGGAUGCUCGCUGCAAAGCCUUCAGAACUUGAAUCAGGACCAAAAUCAUGCACUGUUAUGGCUCUUCUAGAUGGGGGGAUGUUAAACAGACACAAGAGUUGGUUAAAGGCUGAGCCACCCACUAUUGUGGUUGCAACUAUGGGGAGUUUGUGUCAAAUGCUUGAGAAACAUAUUUUAAAGCUAGAUUCCUGCCAAGUACUUGUUGUCGAUGAGGUUGAUUUCAUGUUCAAUUCUUCAAAAGAGAUCAGCUCUCUCAAAAGGCUAUUGACAUCCUACUCCACCAGCAAGAACCGUCAAACUAUAUUUGCUAGUGCUUCAAUUCCCCAGCACAGGAGAUUCUUGU